AUGCACGAGGGUAGGGUAGUUGUUUAUGCGUUGAGGCAAUUAAGGCCGCAGGAGUAUAACUAUUCGACUCAUGAUCUGGAGUUGGCUGCCAUAGUCUUUUCGCUCAAGAUUUGGCGUCACUACCUGUACAAUGAGAGAGCCAUGUUUGCGAGAUUGCCUAUCUCUGAUGAUGGUGGUCUGUUGGCUGAACUUCAGGUGUGGUCGAUUCUUUCGCAACAGAUUCCUGAUCGUCAACCGUUUGAUAAGGGUUUGGCUCGUCGAAUUUGUCAAGUUGAGUUUGGUGUUCAGGGGGAUUUUGAUCUCAACUCUGAUGGUGUUCUGUGUUACCGAGGUCACUUAUGUGUUCCAGAGGACGAGGAUCUAAGGCGCUUGAUUCGUACCGAGGCUCAUAGCAGUCCUUAUGCUAUACAUCCUAGUGGGAAUAAGAUGUUUUAG